AAAGCGUAUUCCAAAAUCUUUCUUUUUGAUCAUUCCCAAGCAUAAUGGCAACAAAUGAGAAGCAAGAAGUACUUGCGACCGUCAAUGGCUUCCUGAAAUCUAUAUCCAAGCAGAAGCCCCAUUCGCCAAAUAUACUGGAAUAUAUCCUACCCGACUCAUUCGCCGUACUAUCGCACCAGGACGAGCUAAUACAAUGCACACUAGGGGAACUUAUUCCCCGACUUGAGGGGAAGUUUUCCAAGAUCAUCGAGUCGGGCACCACUUCAGCAGGCGAGUCCAUCCCGGAGCCGGACCCCGACAUAUGGGUCCACGAGAGGUUCGCUGCCGUCUGGAACGGCUUCUCCAUUCAGGUUGAUGGCGUGGAAGAGCUGCACGGUGCAAGCGCCUUUACGCUGCUUAGAGGUGACGACGGGUGGAAAAUCGCGGCCUUGGCGGACACGCAGUGGAAGGCAGACAAGCAGGAUCCUCCAAGGCUUGUCAAGGAGGCCACGCCCGAGCUGAUGGCGCCUGUUCUAGACCUAGUGCAGCUCCUGAACGACGAGAAAUGGGACGAGGUGAUGCGCCCGAUGCUUCCAGGUGGCGGUGCGACGUAUUCCAGGUUCCCGAAUACGCUGUUGCACAUGUUGUGGCCCGAGUUCUAUGCUAGGAUGAGGGUUAUGCUGGAACGCGCCCCUGGAUAUGUGGAACAGAAGCUUAUGGAUUGGGAAGGACGCAUGAUUGGAGAUCUAGGGUUUGUGUGGACACCUUUCACUGUGGCCAUGGACGGCGAGCUCAGGAUUCGCGGGUUCAACAUCUUCACGCUUCUGAGAAAGGACGGAAAGUGGCUUAUUAGCGGAGUUCAGGAUGGGUAAGGAUGUUGAUGCGAUGAGGCCACGUCACUAGUAUUUUCUUUAAAACAAAACGGUCAUGAGUUGUCAGCUAUUGGAUUAAAUAAUUUCCUAUUAGCAUUUACAGAAGUUGAUCUCAAUGGUGAUGUAAAAAUAAGUUGAGAUUCAGUGGAUUUGUUUUAAGAGUUACGGAUUUAACUUUCAUAGAGUUAGUU